AUGCAGUCCACAGCCUCGGCCACCUUGAUGAGGAACUACCUCGCUCAGCCUCUGGGCAUAACAUUGUCCUCAAGCUUGAAGGCGGUGACAUGUCCCAUCCUCAAAACGCAUUUAGCUAGACGACAGCAUGGUGGGUCUUGGAGUGCAUCUCACAACCCACCCUUAAGGUUCUUGUACUACUCCAACAAGAAGAAAUACUCUACUAAAAGCGGAAAUCGUCUUCGUCGCUCUGCACCAACCGAUCGUGAGCAACAAUCACUGCUGAAAACCAGUCCGAGGUCAGAGUACCCACUGGAGGGUUCUGUGACCGAGAUUGAGGUUCCCGGAAGGGGCACGUUUCCCUUCUCCAAUCUCUGGCUCAGAGACAAUUGCCCAUGCAGUAUAUGCAUCCACCCUCAGACUCGCCAAAGACAGCAUGACAGUUUCGAGAUUCCUCUCAGUAUUGGCGUUGAGACCUGCUCGGAAGACCAUGAAGGACUGAGGAUACGUUGGAAUAACGACGGCCAUGAAAGCCAUUAUUCAUGGGAGUGGUUGAGAUCUUGGGGGGGUUCAUUUCGGCCUGACAACGGCCCUUUGGAGGAACGCAGCAGAGAAUGGGCCCAUGUAGAUCCAUCACGGCCUGACCAUUUUCCUACUGUGUCCUUCGAAGAAGUUAUGAGCAGCGACAAAGGGGUCGCCACUUGGACUAAGAAGAUCUAUCAAUAUGGCUUUUCAUUUGUGACUGAUUGUCCUCUGACGCCGUCUGCCACUCGGUCAUUACUCGAGCGCAUUGCUUUUGUUCAGCACACGCACUACGGAGGUUUCUGGGACUUCUCCUCGUCAGCGACGCCGACGGAUACCGCCUAUACCAACCAAGCUUUAGCGGUUCAUACCGACACCACAUAUUUGACAGUUCCGUGUGGACUGCAGAUGUUCCAUCUCCUUUCUCAUACCGACGGCAGCGGCGGCGAGUCUCUUUUCGUCGACGGGCGAGCCGCUGCUACUUACCUUCAGGAUAAGCACCCGAGUCUUCGCAAUUACCUCCAUCGUCAGAAGAUCUUGUUCCAUGCAAGCGGCAACGCUGAAGUAGGUGAACUUGGAAACAACACGAUCAGUCCGGAAGGCACUGAGGUCUUAUUGGGUGGGCGGAACACUAUAUCUUAUCCACCCGAUGAAGGAACAUCCGGCCAUAAAUCAGGUAAAACUGCCCUAGGAGAAAUACGGACUCGGAUCAGGUGGAAUAACGAUGAUCGGGAUACACAGUUAUGGCGAAGCCUUGAGUCAAUCGAACGGUGGUAUAGGGCAGCACGAGAAUGGACUAGAAUCUUGAAGAUGAAGGAAUUCGAGAUCAGGGUUCAGCUGAAACCAGGCCAACCUAUCAUCUUUGAUAAUUGGCGUUAUCUUCACGGCAGGACGGCAUUUUCUGGGAAUCGCAGGAUUUGCGGUGGAUACAUUAAUAUGGACGAUUUCCUUGCCCGUUAUCGCAUGACUAACUUCGGCCCUCGAAAUGGUCUUCGUGCCGCGUAUUUCUACGAACAAAAGGCCAAGCCUGACGAACCGGCACCGUGGCACCGUGCAUGA